AAAACGGAUUCCCUCGCUGUGUUUCCGCCCAUGACGUCAGUGUACGAGUCCUUCCUCCAAAGCGAGGUGAAGCGAUUAUGAUCUCCGGUGCAUGAAUGUGUGAAUAACGGCUCCUGAACACAAAACAAGAAACUCAGAAAGUAUUUCCAGCAAGACACAGACGACCUCUUGACAAGUUUAUCUUCCUUCCAAAGAGGCAGCAGUGUAUGUGUGCGGGUGUGAGGGAGUGUGUGUAUGGUGUUUGGGUGUGUGUAAGUAAUGGACCAGCAAAGACAGCGUGCUCUCUCCACAUCUGGGGAAACACUGUACCAGGUUCUUGGGGUUACUAAAAAUGCUACACCAGAUGACAUCAAAAAGUGUUACAGGAAACUAGCUCUGAAGUUUCACCCGGACAAAAAUCCUAAUAACCCAGAAGCAGCAGAUAAGUUUAAGGAGAUAAAUAACGCUAAUGCCAUCCUCAACGAUCCCACCAAACGCAACAUCUAUGACCAGUACGGCUCUCUCGGCCUCUACGUGGCUGAGCAGUUUGGAGAGGAGAACGUUAACACGUACUUUGUGCUGUCCAGCUGGUGGGCCAAAGCGCUGUUUAUCUUCUGCGGCAUUGCGACCGGUUGCUACUGCUGCUGCUGCCUGUGCUGCUGCUGUAACUGCUGCUGUGGGAAGUGUAAACCACAACCUCCUAUGGAAAACGAUCCUGAGUUUUAUGUCUCCCCUGAGGACCUGGAGGCUCAGUUGAAGGCAGAUGAGAAAGACGGAGAUCCCAUCGUGGUGCAGCCUUCCUCAGCUACAGAAACUACUCAGCUUACAGCAGAUGGUCACCACACCAGCUACCGUACCGACAGUGUACUCGACUAGACGACUCGCUCUCUUUCCCUCCUGUAGAACACCAGAGCAGCAGAGGGCGCCAUCCUGUGUCCUCCACCCAGGGACUGCUGCGAGGCCUGAAUGAGUGGACAGGUGUCUGUGUCUCUCUGCUGUGAAAUGUCAAAACUCUCGAAGCUUAGGCUUGCCUCUGCUCAUGUAAUGGAGCACGGUUUUGUUUUUUCCUUUGCAGUCUGUUUGAAACCCUUUCUCACGUCCCACAUGCA